AUAUUUAACCACGAUGCUUUGCUUGCAUCUCACAAGAAAGGACAUUUGCUGAAUUGCAUGCUGAGUUGGACCUAAACAAAAAUGCAUGCCAAUAGAUGGUUCUGUCUUAUAUUAUGGAUUUGCUUUACGGCUGUCAAGGCGCAGAAAGGUUGUACUGGCAGUUCACUACCAUCAGAUGAAAAUGUUGAAUACCUUCCCGAACCAAAAGAAACCUAUGAAAAUAAAGAGAGUGUGAGAUUUCCUUGUCAAAUUGGCUAUUUUGGAAAUGUUAGGUUCACAUGCUCAAAUGGUCAAUGGAUGAAAAGCAGACAAAGCUGUGAACCAAAGUCAUGUGGUCACCCAGGAGACAUAUUAAAUGGGGAUUUCAUGCUUACUAAAGGAAACGACUUUGUAUUUGGAUCUGUAGUCCAAUACACCUGCAAAAAAGGAUACACAAUGCUGAGCAGGGUAACUCACCGAAACUGCAGGGAUCAAGGAUGGGAUAACGCUGUUCCUGAGUGUGAAGUGGUGAAAUGUGAACCAAUACAACCAGCUGAAGGUUUGAGGGCAACUGGAAAUACAGAAGCGCCUCAAUAUGGUGAUGUGAUUCAGUUUGACUGCCAGUCUGAUAACUCUAAACUCAAUGGAACAGAACAAAUUUAUUGUACGGAGACCGGUAAAUGGAGUCAUAAGAUACCAAAAUGUGAAGAAAUAACAUGCACACCCCCUGUAAUACCAAAUGGUAGGGUCAGAGGCAACUGGAGGAUUUAUAAGAAAAAUGAAAUUCUUUCAUUCACCUGUCUUAACAACUAUAAGCCUGUGGAAAGAGAAACUGCCACAUGCACAAAGGAUGAUUGGAUCCCGAAACCGGAAUGUGAAGAAAUGUCAUGUAAGGUCCUUCAAUUAUCAGAUAUUUCCCCCAAACAAUAUAAAUUCUCUGUUGGAGAAACUGCCACAGUGACUUGUGGGUAUGGGUACAGAACCGCUACCAAAAAAGAGCAAGAUAUUACGACCUGCAAAGCUGAUGGAACAUGGUCAUUCUCCCCUUUUUGUGAAGAAAUUACUUGCACGCUGACUGACAGAGAUAAUGUGAAGCUUGACCGGUAUCAGCGUCGGACUUACAAAUUUCAGGAGUAUAUUUCAAGCUACACUUGUGCAAAUGGAUACCAACGUGCAACUUCGUAUCCUAGAUGUAAAAUGGAAGGCUGGGAGCCACCAUUGUGUAAAGCAAUAACCUGUGAAGCAGAGAUCCCUAAUGCUGUUAUUCGAGGUGAAAAAAAAGUCUAUGGAGUUGGUGAGAUGAUGGAGUAUAAAUGCAACCCGUUUCAUACACCAGAAGGAUGGCAAAGUACACGAUGUGGCAGCAGUGGCUGGACUAAGAAGCCAGUUUGCCAGUUGAAAGAAACACAUUGUACAAGACCUGUUUUGGAUCAUGGAUACCUCAUGCCUGAUAAGCAAGGUUAUGAAGAUGAUUCUGUUGUUCAUUACGCCUGCAAUCCAGGUUAUAAACCCUCAAAGGAUGGGUGGUGGGGGGAAAUAACAUGUAAAAAUGAAGCAUGGUCAAUUGCCCCAAAGUGCAUUGACUUAACAACUUGUGGUUCUCUGCCAGUAAUCUCUUAUGCAAAACCAAAGGUAACAAAAAAUGUUUAUCUAAAUGGAGACAUUGUCCGGUUUGAAUGCACCCAAGGCUACAGAUUUGUUGCUGCAGAUUUUAUACAAUGUGUGAAUGGGACUUGGAAUCCCCCAAUCACAUGCACACCAACUGGGCGACCAUGCGAUACUCCUCCUCGUGUAGAACAUGCAGUAAUUACGACAAAAUAUCAGAAGGAAUUUGGUCAUGGCUCUAGAGUGCAAUACAAAUGUGAUGAAAUUUAUAAGGCUGAUGGACCACUAGUAGUUACCUGCAACAAUGGGAAUUGGAGCAGAACUCCAGAAUGUUUGCCCUCAAAAUGUGGAAAGCCAGAGGUCCAAAUCAACAAUGCAGAGCUCAAGUCUUCCCUGGAAGAAAUAUUUGAAAAUGGAUCAAGAGUCCAAUAUCAAUGUAAAGCAAAAUUUAUCCCAAAAGGUGAAACCACAGCAAUAUGUACAAAUGGACAGUGGGAAUAUCCACAUUGCACUGAAAAAGAUUACUGUGAACUACCUACACUGCCACAUGGGGCAAUCUUAACCAAACACGAACCAUACAGGAAUGAUGAAAAACUACAGUUUCAGUGCUUUGCUCCAUACAUGCCAACAAAUGAUGGCAGUGUCACUUGCAAGAAUGGAGAGUGGGAUGGACCAGUGGAAUGCAGAGCUCGAGAUGUACCAUGCGGACCACCACCAGUACCGGACCAUGGAGAUAUAAAAGAAAAAAAGAUGGAAGGUGUUGUAAUUAAACAGGUCACCUAUCAGUGUCAAAGAUAUUAUAAGCUGAAAGAAUCAACCCCAGUAAAAUGCCAGCAGGGACAAUGGACACCAACUCCGAUAUGUUUAAGUCCUUGUGUGAUAGUAAAUAUUGACUCAAGGUAUAACCUUGCACAGCCAACUCAAACAAUAUAUAUUGAAGAGGGGAAAGAGGAGAAACUUCGUUGCAAAAGAGAUUAUUAUUAUAGGCCUGGUUGGAAUUAUUACUACGAAGCACCUGCAAGUUGCCGUAAUGGACAAGUACAAUUCACAGCAUGUCAACAAUACUGAGGCAAGGCAUAGGUCAUGGACUUUACGCCAUCCACUUGAAAUGAAGACACCGUCACAAGAACAUUAUGCAGUUGUUUAUUGUAAACAAAUAACAUCAAAUGUAUAAUAUGUAUCCAUUGUCAUAUUCUUCUUAAAAGAAUCGUCUGUAUCUAUAUAUAAGUGUAAAGUAGAAGAAAAAAUACUUCACUUUACUAAGUAAAACAUUUGUUCGUAAUGUCACAGUUGUGAUUCAUAGAACUUUAGUCAAAAAAUAAAAAAAGUCAAAUUGAUAAAAAUAGGUUGGUGAUUAUUCUUUUUGACAGAGACCUGAUGUAGCAGUGUCUUUUUUGUAGCCAGAACAGAUAACUGAUGUUAACUUUUGUUUACACCAAUGGCAUGGGUUUCCUGAACUCCUAUAGUUCCUGAGCUCCUAUAGUUAAAAGCCAGGUUUUGUGUGAAAAUGCUGUAAGAGACUUUUAAAAAGGCCCUGACAAAGGACACAUUACAGAUCUUAACAUAUUUUUCACAAAGAGUAGGGUUCCCUGGUGCCCUGGUGAAGUUCCCAGCCUAUCUCUUUUAGCCUAAUAAUCCCUCACAAUUUGGGGGAGAAUGUCUGUUUAGCAAUCCCUCGCUCUCUUGUCUCCACCUGUUUGAAUGAAAUUGCUUUGUUAAUUGAGGAAUGUUACUCUGAAAUGACUUGUAUCUUGAUCAAAUACAUGUAGGGAGAGCAUGCUUGCUGACCCAGGGUUAAUCACUAUGGGCAAAAUUCCACCAGGAUUUUUCAUAAGCCAAAAUACAAAAUUGCAUUUUUAAGAAUACUAGCAUUGUAUAAAUCUGACAUAGUAAUGAUCAGCAAAUCAGCAACACAGUAAAUACUAUUUAUUUCAGUUUAUCUUAAAUUCAUAACCCAGGUAAUGAAUAACUUAAUUCAAUAUGAGCACAUCUAUUUGAACUUCUUCAUCAGAUAGCUUUUCAUCAAACAGUAAAUUAAAGAAAACCACAUAUGUAUGAACAGCUUUAAUCCUUCCCGAUCACACUAUGAACAGGACCAGGAGUGACCAGUGGAAAGCAACUGCAGCUUUGUAGAAACUGGCAUAUGAUUUAGCAGUCUUUGGCCUUUCACAUAACAGUCAUGGCGACGGUGAGGCUAUGACAAUUUAUGAAAAAUGAAAGAAUAUCAUGCUGAUCAUUCAUGCAACUUUUGUGCCAGUCACAUGUGCCAUUAGUAACUAAGUUGCAGUUAUGAAUUUAUGUUUACAUACAUUUAUGAUACACUAUGGCAUUUUACAGUUCUGUUUAAGACUCCAACAGGUCUUCCAUAAGGUCAUAGUGUAAUUUAAGUUUUCCAUUUGCACUCAGUCUUUCUACAGUCUCUCUUAAUCUUACAGAUAUUAUAAAUGGGUCAGCAAAUAUGUCUGCCAGUUUACGUUGAUUUAGUUUUAAAUGUGGAAUUCAUGGUUGACAUGCAUACAUGUAACUGCUCAAGGACGGUGCAGGAUGAUGAAAAAGACAUAUAUGUUUUUCUGUAGUAUAGGAAUUAGUAACAGGAAAGUACACCAAGCAAGUCUGGAUUUGGAAAUCUUUCUAAAUAAAUCUGUUCAGUCUA